AUGAAAGGUGAGCACGGAGGCGUCUUGGAAAUCGCCGAACUUUUAUGUGCUCCCAAGAAGUUGGAGCGUGAUCGUGGUGAAUCAACUCUUAGAGAAUUACAAUUUGACAGUGAUGAGGUGAAAAGUUUGAUCGAAUGGAUCAUGGAAAAGUCGGAAAACCUGCACGAAUGGGAAGACAUUUUUGGUGCCUUGACACUUUCACGAAUUUUGCUCGAGAAAGUUCCGUCCAGUGUAUUGGGCCCACAUAAUUUUACUGAGACUAUGAUUGAGAAAAUACCAGAGAUGGACUCGCAUUACGAAUAUCGCGUUCGUAUUGCAGCUGGUGAGCUAAUGGGAACCCUGUGCAAUCUCGGAGGUGUCGAUGUUUUUCUGCGAUUCCUCCCAAGAAUCAAAAUGGGAAUCGAGGAAAAUCUGAAUAGAGACUCGCUUUGUCCGGCCAAAGAGCAGGAGGAAGCCCAAAAGGAGCUGGAUUUGGUUACGGAUACGAACCCCAACUUGAGCAAGAGUUCCCUUACCCUAUUUCACGACACCGCUGGCUGGAAGAACCUUGAAACGUGGAUGAAGUGUUUGCAUUUUUGUAUAUGCGGUUUGGGAUCUGAGCGUUUCAAGACGUUCCGUGACCCCGAAAUCCUGUCUAUUGUAUUCAAAGCCGUCAAUCACACAAAUAGAUUUGUUCGGGAAACUGGUUACGACGUUUUGGGCACCAUAAUUGAAAAUCAUGGUUGUGAAGGUACCAACAAGCGUGCAGAUGGUGAAAGCAGUGUUUCGGAUUACGUUCUUGUGGCACAGCAAUUGAGAACAGGUCUCGGUGACAACUGGAGUCGAGUGCGAAUGGCUGCGUUAAAAACAACUCGUCUCUUGUUUUCUACACCACCACCACCUGGACAAAGGCGUGAAGACGUGUACCCAAUCUUGCUUCCCCCACUGUGUUUAAAUCGUUAUUAUGUGGCCGAGGGUGUGAAAGUUUACAGUCAAAAUACUUGGUGCGAGGUGACUGGUGGUCGAGGUCGGGAAAUUGUUAACUCCAUUCUGGAGCCUACUUUAGAUUACUAUGUGGAGCAGAGCAGGACAGACAAUCACGCGAUCCGAGAGGCGGCUUGCACGUGUAUGGCUGAGGUGGGCAUUAAGCUGCCUCUGGACAGCUUGCGCCCUCACUUGAAGCGCCUACUGCAGACGCUAGUCACGUGUUUUCAAGACGAGAGCUGGCCGGUUCGGGACGCGGCCUGCAUUGCCCUCGGCAAUCUUGUCUCAGUGCUGCCAGCAGAGACGCGCGCUGCUGGCUACACCGAUCUUAUGGCAGAGCGCUUCCUGCACAACCUGGUGGAUUGUAUACCUUCGGUGCGGGAAGGUGCCGCUGCCUCCAUCGCUAAGGUCCUACAGGGCGCCAACGAUCCAGAGCUCGAGAAAAUGUAUCUAGACUUUGCGAAGAAGCAAAUGGAGGACAUAGUGAACCAGCCCGCAGAUUCCAAGGGUGCGGCGUCGAUGUCACGUGGGCCUGGUGCCAACGUGGUUGUGCAUUCGGGCAACGAGGCUCACGACGAGAAGCACACGAAUCAGGUCAUGUACUCGUGCGGAUCCCUCGCUACAAGGGCCCGAAAAGGUGGCAGUGGUUGCUGCAUGGACGACACCUUCCAGAGGCCUAGCCAGCCCUGGGAGAGGGCUGACGGCGCAUUCCGCCUGAUUGGAGAAAUGGGGACGUAUGCGCCCCAGAAGGUGACCGACAAGUUGCUCGAGCAAAUGGUCCAAGCCGCAUCACUCACCCACUACCCGCACCAUCCCUACCUCCUUGAGACGGCUUGUUACACGAUAAAGGCGCUGUGCCAAGGACAGCAGAAGUCGGACUUUAAGAGGAACCUUGAUUUUCUGCUUCCGGUGGUGGCGUGGGCGGUGUCGACGGACCAGCCGCUGGCGACCGUGGCUGCCGAGGACUGCCUGGCCACGCUGUCACAAGUGCUGGGUCCGUCGGUUCUGCGCAGUCGCAUUGAGGGCCACCUCGAGUCCACCAUCGUGCCGCGUCUUCUCAACUUCCUUCCCGGCAGCACCAGCGGUCCUCGUUGA